AUGCACCUGUCCGUGUUUCACGUCAACACAGUGGACGCGCUACAGAGGAUACUACUCACAGAGAGAAUGACCUUCUUGGAGGGAGUUCCCUUUAAGACCCCUCUGGGCCCUUUGGCAGAGCCCUCUGGGCCCUUUAAGACCCCUCUGGGCCCUUUGGCAGAGCCCUCGGAGGAGGUGGAUUCAGUCACAGCUCCAGAAAUCACCGUACCCGACUACCUCCAGAUAUUGAGAAGCACAGAGUAUGAGUUCACCAUGGAAAACUGGAUCUUGACGGGGCUUCAGAGUGGCUGCCUGAAGGAGCAGCGAGCCCUUCACCCCCCCUUCGGAGGGGAACCUGCCUCCUGCCCUCCUUACUGGCUGAUGUUCAGCAGUCCCCAGGAGAGACGCUUGGCCAACCUCAAGAGCACUGACCAGUGGGCUCCCGUCCUCCGACCUCGCAGCCACAGCCUGAGCUCUGCCGACAUCCACCACCGACAGCGCAGCGUCUGGUUAAUGAGCUCUGACUCCGAGCACGAAGCCGGCUACUCUGAGGACGACGAGGGUUCGUCCGGCGAGGAGAACCGGCCUCACCCCUCUCUGUGUGAAAUGCUGCAAGGUACAGCGCCGAAACACCGUUUAUCCAGACUCAAGGACCACCAUCGUGACCCCUCAUCUCACCGCUCCAACUCUGUGUCUCCUCGAGGCCUGGGCCGCCACAAAAGGGCUUCCUUGUCAACCCUCCAGGACAGCAUGCAGACGUCCCUCUCUGCAUUGGAGCCUUCCCACUCCAGCAGACCACAAGCCCAUAGCCAGAGGCCGAGCAGGAGGAGACACCUACAGCUCUCUAAGGAAAGAAAGAACUCCCUGCCCCUUCACCUGCCCUGCUCCUGUCCUUGUCUCUGCUCUCCUCCUUUCAGACCCCAGCUGCCUCGGCCUUCCUCGGCAGGGCCCAUUGUCAAAAACCAUAGCAACAGGGCUCCUCGGCCCAGAACGUCCCAUGACCUGGCACUUGAUUCAUCUGCAGAGCUUCUCUCAGCCCUCAGCCAGAAAGAGAGAGAGCUACUGGAGGUCAUCACAAGGCAGGGGUACCAUCUACGCACAGCCAUCCUGGCUAUACAGAAGACAGGCUACAGCAGUCCAGAGAAAAUCAUAAACUACCUGGUUGCUAGUGAGCGGUUAUGUGAGCUGGGUUAUGACGAGACACAGGUAGAAGAGGCACUUGAGAUGUUCCAGAACUGUGAGAGCAAGGCUGCGGAGUUCCUGCGUCUCCUGACACAGUUCACUGAGAUGGGCUUCCAGCAGAAUGCUGUUAAAGAGGUGCUGCUCAUUCAUGAAAACCACCGUGAGAGGGCCCUGGAGGAGCUUAUGACAAGGGAGGCUUGAGUCAGAUGAGUCAGGGGGUCAGAUGGCUGAGCGGUUAGGGAGUUGGGCUAUUAAUCAUAAGGUU